GUCACCGUCUAUUUGGGUUGGGCCGUUUGCCAAAGGGAAUUCACUAAAUACUGGAUGGCACUUUCAGCCAUCGCCACUGUGACUCGUCACUGUGGUCUCUGCUCACCAUCCUCAUUUUCUUCUUCUCCUUUGAUUCACAUUACGCGUACCAGAAAACUAGUCACCAGAAGAGUAUCUCUUCCUACCAGAAUGUCUUCCUUUAAACCCAACUCACCUCCACCGCAAAACCAACCUUCGACUGAGAACAAUCUCACGGCACCCUAUGGCUCUUGGAAGUCACCCAUCACUGCUGACAUCGUCUCUGGCUCCAGCAAACGCCUCGGUGGCUUUGCAGUCGAUUCAGUUGGUCAUCUUUUCUGGCUAGAAUCACGCCCGACAGAGUCCGGACGAGCGGUUAUUGUGAAGGAACCAGGGAAACCAGGGGAAGACCCCGUAGAUGUAACGCCUACGGAUUUUGCUGUGAGGACGUUGGCUCAGGAGUAUGGUGGUGGUGAUUUUUAUAUAUCAGGAGACUCUUUAAUCUUCUCUAAUUACAAGGAUCAGAGACUUUACAUACAGUCCAUUUCGUCCAAAGAUUCUGCUCCAUUGCCACUCACUCCAGAUUAUGGUGGACAAAGUGUAUGCUAUGCUGAUGGAGUGUUUGACUCUCGAUUUAACCGUUACGUCACAGUGAGAGAAGAUCAACGUGAAAGUGGUAUUAAUGCAAUUACCACAAUUGUAUCUGUCAAUCUGAGCAAUAACAGCGCUCAAGAACCAAGGCUAUUAGUUGGGGGCAAUGACUUCUAUGCCUCUCCUCGAAUCGACCCCAAAGGGGAACGUAUGGCAUGGAUUGAAUGGGGUCACCCAAAUAUGCCAUGGGACAGAUCAGAGCUUUGGGUUGGCUAUAUAUCAGACAAUGGGGAUGUGCAGAAACACAUUUGUGUUGCUGGCGGUGAUCCUAUUCUUGUGGAGUCUCCAACUGAACCCCGAUGGUCUUCUCAAGGAGAACUAUUCUUUGUAACCGACAGGAAAAGUGGGUUUUGGAAUAUCUACAAAUGGGUAGAAUCUUCUAACGAGGUGUUACCAGUUUACUCCCUCAAUGCUGAGUUUACAAGACCCUUAUGGAUAUUUGGGAUGAAGUCUUAUGACUUUCUUGAUCACCACAGCCAAAAUACUUUAAUUGCCUGCAGUUACAGGGAGGAUGGGAAGUCAUAUCUCGGAGUUCUGGAUGUUACCCAGGGCAAAAUAUCAGUGCUUGACAUUCCUUUCACAGAUAUAAACAACAUUAGUUCUGGGGUUCAUAGCUUGUAUGUUGAAGGAUCAUCUGCUGUUCAUCCAUCGUCAAUAGCUAAGAUUACUUUGGAUGAUCAGAGAACAAAAGUAAUUGAUUUCAAGAUUAUGUGGUCGUCAUCAUCUAUUAGUGAGAUGUAUACGUCGUACUACAGUUGGCCGGAGUUGAUGAAGUUCCCAACAGAUAUCCCGGGUCAAAGUGCAUAUGCAUACUUUUAUCCACCAACAAACCCCGACUAUCAAGCCAGUCAUGGAGAAAAACCUCCAUUGCUCAUGCGAAGUCAUGGAGGUCCUACAGCUGAAGCACGGGGAUGUUUAAAUCUUAGUGUUCAAUAUUGGACCAGUCGUGGUUGGGCAUAUGUGGAUGUGAAUUAUGGUGGAAGCACUGGUUAUGGCAGAGAAUAUCGAGAAAGACUGUUGGGGAAAUGGGGAAUUGUGGAUGUCAACGACUGUUGCAAUUGUGCCAAGUUUUUGGUUGACAGUGGAAGGGUUGACGGCGAAAGACUUUGUAUUACAGGGAGUUCCGCUGGUGGUUAUACAACAUUAGCUGCACUAGCAUUUAAAGAUGUUUUCAAGGCUGGAGCUUCCUUGUAUGGUAUUGGUGAUCUGCAAUUGCUGAGAGCAGAAACUCACAAGUUCGAAUCUCACUAUAUUGACAAUCUAGUUGGGGAUGAGAAGGCAUAUUUUGAGAGGUCGCCAAUCAAUUUCGUAAAUCGAUUUUCCUGUCCCAUUAUUUUAUUUCAAGGACUGGAGGACAAGGUCGUUUCCCCUGAUCAAGCACGCAAAAUCUACCAGGCAUUGAAGGAGAAAGGGUUGCCUGUUGCACUUGUUGAAUAUGAAGGAGAACAGCAUGGUUUCCGUAGGGCUGAAAAUAUUAAAUUCACCCUUGAACAACAAAUGGUGUUCUUUGCGCGUUUAGUGGGACAUUUUGAAGUGGCAGAUGAAAUUACUCCUGUCAAAAUUGAUAAUUUUGAUUGAGGUAUAUGACUCCUGAAUGAUCUGUACCAUAGAGUUGUUCAAUACAAUUGCCAUAACUAAGGAAAAAGUUGAUGACGGAGAGAGAGAAGCAGCCGUUUGAUUUAAUUUGCUGGAUCAGUAGAUAGGUUAUACUUUAGGAAAACAUUUUUGUCUAAUAACAUCAUCAAGAUUUGCUGAUCAAAGAAACUAGAACAUCGUCAAGCGCACAGAACACUUGGAGUUUGCUCUUGACAGAUUGCUUAAUGUGGCAGUAAGCCUUGAGGGAGAGGAAUUGUGAUCCCCCCCUAUGGGUUUGGGUGUGGAUUGCUGGAUGUAUUUUCUCUUAUCUGAGUGCUCUCUUUAGCUUUGGUACCAUGUGAAAUGAGAAAUCUUAUUGAAUUGGUUAGAAGUCUAAUCCCAGAAGCCUCCUAUAAAAAAUUGUACACAA